AUGGCUGAAUUAUCUGCCAAAAAAUUGCCUAAGGACAGAAAAGCAAAUUUUACAUCAAUUGAGGGUAACCUUAUAAGUUCAAGAGUUACUCAUGAGUUGGAGUUGUUGAAAGGGGGAUUUUCUCCAGAAGUUACUAACCAAAAGAAAAAUGAGUUAUCGAAACUCAUUACAGAGAAAGUCAAUGCAUUGGGUGUUUGUAUGAGGAGUGAGACUGAAGUCAGAAACAAAUACCGCAAUAUGUGUCGGGGUGCCAAAGAGAAGUUCACCAAUAACAGAAUGGAAAUGGGCAAAACUGGAGGUGGACCACCACCCACACAGCUGACUGUUGCUGAAGAAAAUAUAGUUAAUGCUAUGAGGGAUAGUGCCUCAUUCAUUGGAGUUGGUGGCUUGGAGAUAGAAAUAACUUGCAAUGAAGCAAUUUCCACCACAAAUGGAAGCCAGUCUCAAUGCACUGCCACAGCUACCCCCAGACCUACAGCAGAAGAAUCUGUCUGGAUGAGAGCCUUAGACAGACAUCAUGCAAACUUGCAGAACAAUGACAAACAGCAGACACCAAGCAAGAUGAAAAAGACAGCUGAAGAUGUGUAUACAUUACAAUGUGCAGUUCUUGAAAAGAAACUAGAGAAGAAUACACUACAAGUAGAUCUGUUGAGGAAAUUGCUUAGCAAAUAUGACAGUUUAGAUUCUGAUGCCUUAGAACUAUUGUCAGUUUUAGGGCAGUGA